GUCAGUCAUCUGUUUCCGGUGAGUUUUACUCGCUGUUAACGGUUGGAUGAAAGUUGUGGAGGAGUUGCUCACUAACGGUUCGGUAGGUAAAGCUUAGCGUCGGUCCAAACAUGGAUCGGAACAUCAGCCUGUGGGAGCUGCUGGAGGAGUCCCUGGGAACCACCCACAUCGGCUCGGUCAACUUCAGCGCCCUCCACGCGCUGCUGCAGGCGGUGCUGCAGCAGCUGGACCUCCGGGAGGUGAAGACCAGCUGGAGCCUCCCAGAGACCCAGGACUCUGCGUGGGACGGUACCGAGGGGUCCCGGUACCAGGCUGCAGCCCAGCAGCCAGAGAUUUUGGCGGAGGUGAAGCGGUGCUGCCACCGUGUGGACGAGCUGGAGAAGGAAGUGGCUGCAGCCCAGCAGCCAGAGAUUUUGGCGGAGGUGAAGCGGUGCUGCCACCGUGUGGACGAGCUGGAGAAGGAAGUGAACUUCCUAAAGGAGAACUUCCUGAAGGAGAACUUCCCGAAGGAGAACAUCCUGAAGGAGAACUUCCCGAAGGAGAACUUCCUGGAGGAGAACUUCCAGAAGAACCCGGAGACCCGGAGAUCGGCUCAGGCACAUCUGGAGGACCUGAAGCCUCAGCAGCUUGGUGCCUCAGCGGGUUCUGAUGGACCCGCCUCCAUGGAACGGGCCGGACCUGCUCACCCUGCCCCCUCAGGAGCCGGGUCAGAGGGUGGAGGGAGCCGCAGAGGCUCCGACAGAACCGCAGACCCAGGACUGGAUGAUGAGGCCCAGUCCGCCUUACCAGGUUCUGAUGCAGAAGGUCCUAAAGGUCAAACGUCUGGAUCCGGACCUGCUGACGUCACUCCUCCUGAGGUCAGCAGCGACCUGAGCAGAACCUCAGCUCCCAGUCCCGCUGAGCCGACUCGGCCUCAGGAAGCCGGAGAUCUGGAUCAGAACCAGGAGACGACGGAGGCGGUGGGGAACAUCAGGGUCAUGGAAGAACGCCAGGAGCUUCUAGAACAGAGCGGGGCCUUCAGAGGUGGGACCGGAGCGAUCGGUUCUCCAGAUCCUGAACAUCUGCUUCUCCUCUCAGCUCCUCAGGGCGCCUCCAACCAGCUGACGGAGGAGCAGCAGCAGGACAGCGCCUCCACGGAGAGCCUGAUGAUCGACCUGCAGAAGCUGGGAGCUCUGGAGGACGAUCCAAGCAGCCAGGAGGUGGCGGCAAAGGGAGACGCUGCCCAGGUGCUCUGGAAGCAUGUCUCCUACAUCAGGAACUUCCUGUUCAAGGUGGAGAAAGACCUGGAUCAUCUGAAGGAGAAACAGGCUGAGAGGGAGGAGAAGGCUGCAGACAAGCAUCUGCAGGAGCAGCUGGACGAGCUGCGGGGCGCCAUGGAGGACAUGAUGCAGUCCAGCAGCCUCCAGGAGGACGAGCGGGACCUGGAGCUCAGUGAGAGCACCUGGAGUUCCGCUUUGAGGUCGAGCUGCGCUACCGUUGGCAGGAAGCUCGGACUUCUGCUGCAGCGCCAUGAGCAGCUGCAGGACACGGUGGACGCUCUGCUCCAGCAGCAGGAUGGACGCCAAGCAGGACGGGUGGAGGACAGGGAGCCCCGCCGAAGGGAGGAGGAGUUCCAGCACUUUGUGUCGGCCAUCGUGAAGCUUCAGACUGACUGUGAAGAGCUGCAGAAGACCACCAGGAGCCUCCAGGAGGACAUCAGGCAGGAGGCGGGACACGUCCAGGAGCUCCACAGGAAGGCCGAGGAGCUGCAGGAGAAGAAGGCUGACAGGGAGCUGCUGGAGAGCCAAAUGGAAGCGGAGCGGUCUGCUCUGCAGAGCAAAGUGAGCAGUCUGCAGUUCGAGGAGGCCAUGGAGCAGCAGAUCUUCCUCCACCACCAGCUGCUCCAGAAGAUGUCGGACCUGGAGGAGGACUGGCACCGGGCCCGUGAGCAGCUGUCCAAUGAGAUGGAGAGCAGGCUGAAUAAGGAGGACCUGGACUCCAUGAAGACGCAGCUGGAGGAGCGUUGGAGGAGCUUCCAGGAGAAGCUGCCGGCGUACUGUGCGCCACAGCAGGACCAUGCUGCCGCCAUGAAGAGGCAGCUGCUCCCGCCGUUCAAGUGCCUGUCCUGCGAUCGGAUCAUCAUGAAGGAGGUUCCCGGAAGGGUUCUGGAAAAAGUGCCCCUCUUUCAGGCUACGCACCCCCAGAAGUCUGUCCAGAGCCCGGGGCCGACCCAACAGAACUACAGGAGCGAGCGCGUUUCUGAUGCCGCGGCCCGAAGCUGCAGCGUGAACCAACCCAACACCUCUCUGAGUCAGCGAGGCUCCAGCACCCAGCAGUCCAGGCUGCUCCACCGGGCCGACGGAACCAACAUGAUGCAGGAAGGACAGAUCUUCAAAGGACGCUCAAACGGCCAGCAGCUCCAGAACACAGAGGCCAGACUUAGAGACGGAAGGACAAAAGAGAAGAUCAGGAUCUCCGUCCCCCAGAGGCCAGCUGCAUCCCCAGGGGAGGAGGCCGAUGCAGCCCCCCCUCCUCAGAGCCUGCAGGGCAGUCACUCAGCCUCCGGUGGCUCCGAACAGGACAGGCCUAUGUCGACUCUGGUCCACUACUCAUCGCAGAGCUCCGUCAGUGAGGCAGACAGCGACACUGAGCCUCUCCCUCUGUAGGGGGCGCCGCUGAGCCACCUGAACCUCUUUCAUUGCACCGACGCAAGAAGUUUGACUGUUUCUCUCUGCGUUUCACUUUGUUUCUAAUUAUAACUGGAGGGAAUUUUUUCUAAACUGUUAAAAAAAUGAGAAAAGGUGAUUUUUUUAGCAGCUAAAUCAGGAGGUUUUGUUUUUCUACUUUUAAACUCAAAUCACCUUAUUUCAGUGAAGAAUUUCAUGAUGAAAUGGCAAAAUUUGAUGUUAAUUUGUGCAGUUAGAGCCCUUGAUUUCAUCUGGUGGAAAUAAAACCAGGAUUAGUUUAGACUAUAAAGGUCAAAUCCGGUGUUUUCUUUCAUAUUCAUGUCCGGAAUAUAAAAUAUAUAAAAGUUUCUUCUAUCGGUCUUAACGGGGAUCCGGUUCUGGACGGGCUGCAGCAAGAGAACAGACCGACUGCUCCUGAAGACGGGCCCCAGGGAGUUUGGGUCUGACUGGUCCAUGAUCUGAUGACCUGACGCUGUCAUUUCAGCCUGUGGCCAGAAGGGGGCAACGCUGCUCUCAAAUUGAACAGUGUGAAACAUCUCCAGCAGCAGAAAACCAGAAAAUCUGAUCUUCUCCUGAAUUAUAUCCCUGUACAUUUGGACAUGUCAUUUAAUCUUUUUUUGAUCCUAACAAGAAAUAAAAAACUGUUAAAAUGAAAA